CCAGCCCGGCGCGCUCUGCCGACACUCGCCAGGGAAGCGCACCCGGCUGCGCAAGCGGAGCCCUGCGCCCUCCCCGGGGGGCAUGCACGGCGCGCCCCGGCAGCGGCCCUUGCCGCGCACCUAGCCUGAGGGAGCGCUCGGAGCCGAGAUCUCCGCUGAGGCCGCCCUGCCCGCUGCCUCCAUGGCUCAGCCCCUGGUGCUGCUGUGCUGCUGCGCUGCGCUCGUGGCUGCGGGCAGGGGCGCCCCCCCGACUGCGACCCCCGCCCGGCCCGGCUCGGCCCGCACCACGCAGCCGGAGGGGGUCCCAGAGGAGGAGCCCCUGCAAAACGAGGCGGACAACCAAGAGAACAUCUUAUCUCAGUUGCUAGGUGACUAUGACAAGGUGAAAGCAGUGUCUGAAGGCUCCAACUGUCAGUGUAAGUGUCUGGUCAGACCUCUGGGCCGAGGCGCCUGCCAAAGGAUUAAUGAAGGCGCUUCCAAAGCAGAGGAUUUUUACACCGUAGAAACCAUCACUUCAGGACCUGAUUGCAAGUGUGCCUGCGUGGCUCCACCUUCUGCUCUGAACCCUUGUGAGGGGGACUUCAGGUUGAAGAAGUUGCGGGAAGCAGAGAGCAGUGACUUAAAGCUAUCCUCCAUCAUAGAGAUGCUAGAAAGUGCUUUCUAUGGCUUAGACCUUCUAAAGUUACACUCAGUCACAACAAAAUUGGUGGGCCGAGUGGAGAAACUAGAGGAGGAAGUAUCCAGAAACCUCACCAGAAAGAACAUGGAUGCAACAGGGAACGUGGAUGCAAUUUGGAGUGAGCCAAACACAAGGGACAAGGAAAACUGUUCCAGCAGUAUCUCCAACAGCCUCCCUGACAUCCGGAGCUCCCUGCAGAGGGAUGCUGCAGCUGUGUACACCCACAUUGAGAAUAGGCAGCAGGUUCAUACACAGCUCUUACAGUGGGUUACAGAGGAGGUCAGCAUCUUUAUUCCCAAAACAGAAGCACAGAGAAGGGGUCCACAGUCACCCAGCAGACCACUGGCAGAGCCAGGACUAGAAUGCAGGUUUUCUGAGCCCUACAUCCAUGCCCAACCCGAGGAUGAGUCUUUCAGUGGGGAUCACACAGUUGAUUUGCUGAUUGAAGAUCAGCUCUUGAGGCACAACAGCCAUGAGCGGAGCAGCACCACGACGCCAGCUCUAGUGGGAGGGCCUCUGACACUCCAGAACAUCGCCCCUACCAUGGAGCAAGCUGCCCCUGCCAUACCUGGGUCUCCAGUAGCAGAAACUGCCACCAGGACUCCACCAUUGCCCUCUGCUGCCCCGUCCCUCUCCAGUGAACUGACACCAGCACUGACCCCUGCAGCUCCCACCACCAUUGUAGACCAGCUCCCAGCAACUCUGAAGACCACCACUUCACCUGGAGCCAUCACCAUGAGUGGGUCAGUAGAUGAGCCAGCCACAUGGACACCAGCAAUCUUGACCCAGACAGGUACACAGGCACCCACAACAGCAGCAAACCUACCCACAGCCAACCCCCGCAAAGCUACAAUUGCUGUGGCAACCACCACUGUCCACAUCUCGACAACAACUGGGACAAGUGUGGAUGCCUCCAGGAGUGAGGAGUCAGCUGCUACUGCCCUUCCGACGCUAGUCAGCCCUACGCUCCCUGCCACACCCAGACAAAACCUUGACGAGGAGGAUCUGAGAAGCAUCAUUGGACGCUGCAAAGAUACGCUUUCCACCAUCUCAGGCCCCACCAUCCAGAACACUUAUGGGCGGAAUGAAGGCGCUUGGAUGAAGGAUCCGCUAGCCAAAGAUGAGCGGAUCUAUGUCACAAACUACUACUAUGGAAACACGCUGGUAGAAUUCCGAAACCUGGAGAACUUCAAACAAGGGCGCUGGAGCAACUCCUACAAACUCCCGUAUAGCUGGAUUGGGACAGGACAUGCUGUCUACAAUGGCUCCCUCUACUACAACCGGGCCUUCACGCGCAACAUCAUUAAAUACGACCUGAAGCAGAGGUACGUAGCUGCCUGGGCCAUGCUGCAUGAUGUGGCCUAUGAGGAGGCCACACCAUGGCGGUGGCAGGGCCACUCUGAUGUGGACUUUGCUGUGGACGAGAAUGGCUUGUGGAUCAUUUACCCAGCCAUCAACUACGAAGGCUUCAGCCAGGAGGUCAUCGUCCUGAGCAAGCUGAAUGCUGCCGACUUGAGCACCCAGAAGGAGACCACGUGGCGGACAGGCCUGCGCAGGAACUUCUACGGGAACUGCUUCGUUAUCUGCGGUGUGCUCUACGCUGUGGACAGUUACAACCACAGGAACGCCAACAUCUCGUACGCCUUUGACACCCACACCAAUACACAGAUCAUCCCGCGGCUACUCUUCGAGAACGAGUACUCCUACAUCACCCAGAUAGACUAUAACCCCAAGGACCGCCUGCUCUAUGCCUGGGACAAUGGGCACCAGGUCACAUACCAUGUGAUCUUUGCUUACUGAGACCCUGGCCACUGGACACUGAAAGGACCACUAGCACCUUUUAUCAUUAUUAUUAUUUUGUACAAAUCCAAGAGGAAAUGCUGUUUUUAAAGUGGAUUGUAGAUCAGUCCACAGGGCAGAAUCAAACCCUUUAUUUUUGGUGUAACCUUCCUUCUCUUUUAUACUGACACUGCUGCCUCCUACGCCGAGCGGGAAGGAUGGGCAGGCUAUUGCUUCAUGAGUCCCUCUGCAGUGGGGUGGCUGCUGUGGCACCAUAAAGACAAAGGGACAAUACAAAUACAGCUAGUUGCUUUUUUGCUAACUAAUAAAUAAUAAAAAAGCAAUCAAAGCAGCCUUCUUGCUCAGCACAAACAUGUCUAGCGUGCAGCGGUGGCGAGGCCUCUCCUUUCAGGGGGUGCUCAGUUUGUUCUGUCUGCACUGAGUCAGGCUGGUGACAGUCCCAUUGGCCUGCGAACAGCCACAGGUGUUAAUUGGACAGUCAUUUGAAAGCUGGGGCAUCAGUUUUCUGCUCUGCAGCCUCUUUCGUGUGAAUGGCAUCCUGGGAGCUGGCGGUGCUGUUAUUUGCCUUUGC